AUGGUCAAAGUCGAGAGUGACUCGAAAGAGUUGAUGAUAAAGACUUACGACAGCUUGAAAAAAGCAUGGCUGUCCGAUCAUCCGACCAAGGGCAUCGACCAGGACUUCAUCGUCAGGCACAUAAUCUGGAUCCUGAAACGAGCCAUAGAUCACGACGACUACGACGUGUGUCGCUCCAUCAUCGUGCAGCAGGUGUCGAGGGUGCGCGCCAGGGACCAGUGGGGCAACACUCCGGUGCACUACGCGGCCCGCGAGAGGAACCCCAUGGCCCUGCAGUACCUCUUCCGCAUCUACGACGGCGCGCAGAACUUCGAGGGCCAGCGCGAGCUCACCCACUUUCACGCGGCCUGCGCCUCGGGCCAGCAUCUCGUGGUGCAGACCUUCGUCCGGCUGGGCGUCGACGUGAACAGGCCGUGCAUCGACUUGGAACGAUUUCCCAUACUGCUGGCGGUCAGAUACUACCUGGACUAUCUGCCGGACAUGGAGAAGGCGGCGGAGCCCCUGGAGAUACUGCUGCUGGGCGGCACCAAGAGGCUGCGCAAAAACGCCCUGAAGGUCGUGCAGAUACUGAUGCAGAACGGCGCGGACCCGAGCGUCAAGGACCACGAGGGCCGCACGCUGCUCUGGAAGUGCAUCGUACAGGACUCGCCGGAGCUGCUGAGGGUCUGCCUGCUGCACGGCCUGGAUCCGAAUCUGCCGGUGGACGAGACCGGGGACUACGGGCUGCAUCUGGCGGUGGCGCUCGAGCGCUUCGAGCUGGCCGAGCUGCUCAUCAAGCACGGCGCCGACAUGUCCGUGUUGUACGGCCGUUUGCCCUUGUACGCGAUCUACAAAAACGUCGAGAGAGACAGCGAGGAGUCGAGGCUCGUCGUCGAGUUGAUCCUUCGGAGAGGCCACGAUCCGAACGUUCACCAUCACCAGGGACUGAAUCUCGUGCACUGGGCGAUCAUCAAGCGCAAGCCGCGGAUGCUCGAGCUGCUGCUGUCGCUGGGCGCCGACCCGAACUAUUCGGCCGCCAACAACAUGACUCCUCUGCAGGUGUGCGUUGCGACCGGCCACUACGAACUCAUGGAGACUCUGUUGAGCUACAAGGCCGACCCGAACGUGACCAACGUCGACGGGAUACCCAUACCGAUCAGCUUCGCCGUGACCGGUCAUAUCCAGGUUACCGGCCUGCUGGUCGAGUACAAGGCCGACCUGAACAGACGGGACUUUUUCGACCAGACGGCGCUUCACAGCGUCUUUCGAUGCGGCAUCAAUCUGCCCUACAUAAUCGGUAUGCUGCUCGAGGGUGGCGCCGAUCCGAAUCUCACCGACGUGUGGGGUAAGACGCCGCUGCAUUACGCCGCGGCGCUCGAGCGCCUGGACGCGGUCGAGCUUCUGCUGAGCUACGGCGCCAAUCCCGACGUGCUCGACCGCGACAAAAGGACGCCGCUGUAUUACGCUUCCGCCGCGAGGAAUGGACACGUGGCCGAUGCGCUUAUUUAUCGAGGACGCGCAAAUAUGUUACUGGGCGAGAGUUUUAAGCGUUGCAGGAGCCCCUCGGACGACGAAGCGAGUGAAGAUGAAACGAAUGAAAAUGAAGUGAAUGAAAAUAAAGCAAAUAAAAAUGCAGCUAAUGAAAAUGCAGCGAAUGAAAAUGUAGUGAAUGGAAAUUGA